AUGCCUUUGAAAUCAAAGAAAUCACGAAAAGUUGUUAAGAAAAGCAAAGGCAAAAGAAAAAGUAGAAAGUCGACUAAAGCAUCUGCAAAGAAGAAAAAGUCGCCAACUCUUGCUGUUGAUCCCGUGGAACGGCAGGCUGCAAAAUCCAGAGCUCUGGAAGCCCGUCUUUACUUUCAACUAGCCGACAUAUCAAACAAGAAAAUGCAGCUGGAACGUGCACGUGAUCUUCAAGCUCGCGCUGAGUCUGAACUGGAGACGUACAAGGAGACAAUGGAAGAGGUCUCAGCUUUCACAACUUGGCAACAUGAACACACUGUCGAAAGACUGACAGAUCGUUUGCGAGUGCUUACAACAGCGAAUGCAGAUCUUACACAGGAGAAGAAUGAUCUUCAAGCCAAACUUGAUGCAGCAAUGGAGGAAUCAAAAUUCACAAUUGCUAGCAGAGACGCGGAAAUCGCACGAUUAAAUGAUCUGAUCAAAGAAUCAUAUUAUAAGUACGAAAGGGCGUUUGGAAUGUUUGCUGAUCGAUUAGUCCAAAAGUUGACCGAAGACUGGGAGGGUGAAAAACCGUUUCUGAAAGAUCUGGAGGAAAAUACAAAUGCCGAAUUUUUGCAGUGUGGACUUAUAUCUACUUUUGAUGAAUAA